AUGUUCUUGAUGUUGUUCUUGUUCUUGAGCUUGCUUGGUUUAAGGUGUUAUUGUGCUGAAGUUCUUGAAAUCACUAAUUCCAAACCAUUAGCAGUAGGACAAACUCUAGUCUCCCCUGGCCGGAUUUUCGAAUUGGGUUGCUUUAGUUUUAGUGAUUCAAGUAAGCAGUAUGUUGGGUUAUGGCAAAAGAAUGUAUAUCCCCGAAAAUUUGUGUGGGUGGCCAAUAGAGAAAGGCCUCUUGCAGUUUCAGAUGGCUUGGCUAGUUUGAGAAUUAGUAGAAUUGAGAAUUUGGAGCUUUUAGAUGGGAAGCAGAAUUCGUUGUGGUCAGCCAAUGUUGCUGCUCAGGUGCCAUCAUCUAAUACUAGUUCAGUUGUUGCACAUCUGUUAGAUAGGGGAAAUUUUGUUGUGAAAAAUGAUGUAGAAGCCGAUGGAUUAGUAUGGCAGAGCUUUGAUCAUCCUGGUGACACUAUGUUACUGACUCAACUGCUGGGAUUCAAUAGCAAAGCUGGGAAGAGGAAUGUCUAG